AUGCCGAUCCGGAACAGCCCAUUCUUCAACAUGGAGAGCUCGGCCGUGCUUUCACUCUUGCGGCACACAGGCACGUCCAUGGAUUCUAAACAUUCAAAAAAAUCUUCUGGAAGCUUUGGUGGAGGUGUCCUCAAAAUGUUCAAGCUAAUACCAAUGCUAUCUUCUGGUUGCAAGAUGGUGAGCUUGUUGAGCCGAGGACAUCGAAAACCCUUACUCAAAGACUUCGCAACCACGGGAACAAUCUUCGGGUUUCGCAAUGGAAGAGUCUUUCUUGCAAUACAAGAAGACCCUCAUUGCCUGCCAACGUUCAUCAUCGAGCUCCCGAUGCUGACCUCGGCGCUGCAGAAGGAGAUGGCCUCAGAGACAGUGAGGAUUGCGCUGGAGAGCGAGACAAAGACGUCGAGGAAGAAGGUGUUGGAGGAAUUCGUGUGGGGGAUUUACUGUAACGGAAGGAAAAUCGGGUACUCGAUAAGGAGAAAGAACAUGAGUGAGGAGGAGAUGUAUGUGAUUGAUGCGUUGCGAGGUGUUUCAAUGGGAGCUGGAGUUUUACCAUGCAAGAACCAAUAUUAUCAAGAGACAGAGGGAGAAAUGACUUACAUGAGAGCUCGAUUCGAUAGGGUUAUUGGCUCUAAGGACUCUGAAGCAUUGUAUAUGAUCAACCCUGAAGGUAGUGGUCAGGGUACAGAACUUAGUAUCUACUUUCUCAGGUCUCAUUAG